CUUGAGUCCAGCGAACAGAAGGCCAUCGUCGAGGCGCUGAGACACUCGUGGGAGGCGUACCGGGAGUACGCGUGGGGGGCCGACCACCUCAGGCCCAUCACUAAAUCCAAACACAACUGGUUUAGUGUGGGACUCACUAUAUUGGACUCAUUGGACACACUUAUUAUGAUGGGUCUCGAAGAUGAAUUCAAUGAAGCCAUGAAUUGGGUUAAAAACGACUUGAGGUUUGAUAUCUACAAAGAUGUCAAUUGUUUCGAAAUGACUAUAAGAGCGUUAGCUGGUCUGUUGUCGGCCUAUCACUUGUCAGGUGAGGCCACUCUACUGAUACGAGCGGCCGAUUUGGGCGACCGACUGAUCCACUGCUUCGAUACACCGCAACAUUUGGUGCCUUUCAGUGACGUGAAUCUGCAGACC